ACUUCACUCAGGAACUCAUGCAAGUAAAAUGGACUUUUUUAUGGGACGACGCUUAUUUUGAGAAGAUAACUAUAGACUAGAUAACUAGAUUGCGCGCGUACACAAACAGGUUUUGCCUGUGUGUGUAUGUGUGUGCGGCUGUCUGUGUGUGUGAGAGAGAAAGAGAGAGAUGUGUGUGUGCGUUUUCUUCUUCAACUGGAGCGAAAGUCAAAGCGUCUGUCGUUCGUCAUGACUGUUACAUCGAUGAAGGGAUUUUACACAAGGAAUCAAACUGAACUUUAGAUUGGUGUAAACAUGGCCCAUCGUUCCCAGUGUUCCUCUGCCGGGGACAAUCCCCUGGACCCAAACUACCUGCCCCCUCAUUACCGUGAGGAAUAUCGCUUGGCCAUUGAUGCCCUGGUUAAUGCUGACUUAGAAGGCUACUAUGGGUUUCUUCAGGAAGCAAACGUGGUUGAUUUCUUGUCCCAAACAGAGAUUGAGUAUAUCAAAUGCACAAUACGUGCUCCUAAUCAGACUGCCCAGCCGGAGAGGAGAUACAUGGCUGAAGAUGCUGAUGGCUCUUCUGGCACUUACUGGCCCGUACAUUCAGACCACGAUGCUCCGAGUUUGGACUUAGGCUGGCCACAACAAUUCCGAUUUGUUGGACCUACUGAGGUCACUACAUUGGUGAACCCAUCUGACCCUGAGAUGCCCAGUAUCAAGGAGCAAGUUCGUAGAAUGAUCAAGAAUGCACAACAAGUUAUUGCUGUGGUAAUGGAUAUGUUUACAGAUGUCGACAUCUUUGCUGAUAUCCUUGGUGCAGCAGCACGUGGUGUGGCCGUUUAUGUUCUUCUUGAUGAACUAAAUGCUCACCAUUUUGUUGCAAUGGUGAACAACUGUAGGGUUAAUCUGGAUGAGAUAAAAUGUAUGCGGGUGAGAACCGUCUCUGGUAGUACCUAUUUCUGCCGCACAGGAAAGACUUUCAAAGGUCAAAUGAUGGAUCGUUUUAUACUUGUAGACUGCAGAGCUGUUUUAAGUGGCAACUAUAGCUUCAUGUGGUCAUUUGAGAAGAUACAUCGCUGUCUAGCUCAUCUGUUUCUGGGACAGCUUGUGUCCACCUUUGAUGAAGAGUUUCGGAUUUUGUUUGCCCAUUCGGAGCCACUGGAUGUUGAAAAUGUUUUGGCCAAUAUGCCACACUACAGUAGUGAACCUGAAAACUACUACAACACAGAGAAGACCGCCAUGUUUAACAGACAAUAUCCAACUGUAAGCAUGGACUGGCCUGAAUGUACUGCAGCUGUUCACAUGAAUGCGGGUCCCAAAAUGUUACCCUAUAGGAGUGAAUCCAUGCACAGUGCACCAGUUGCAAUGCCUGCUCCCCAACAAUAUAGAGGAGAUCAUCAAUUCAUUGAGCAUGGAAGGCCAAUGAGAGGACCAACUGAAAUGGUUGGAUACAAAAGGCAUAGCUACGGAAAUCUCCCUGAUUUUGAAUAUAUGUCCCCUCAAAACCAUCCAAUGAGAGGGAAUCAGUACAUGGAGGAAGCAAUGUCCCACGGUGGUCACUUUGCAAGGGAGCCACAUAUUUACCAGGAAACUGGAUUACAAACUAGUUAUGAUAUGUAUGGGAAGUUUAGAGGCCAAGGCCACCAUGUUGAUCCGUUAUCAGGCUCUGGCUAUCCUUCUGAGGUAGAUGAAGCUGAACCAACUGGAGGUUAUGAUCAUGUUCAAAGAUACCUCCAGUCUCACUCUGCUAUGGAGGAAGGACAUGCUCCAAGACAUCUAUUGCCUCCUGUGCAGUCUGGCCGUAAGAGACAUAGCAUGGGAUAUUCUUAUAAAUGUCAGACCUCCCCAACUCAACCGAACCAGCCAGAACAGAAACGUUUCUUAAACGUGAACCGCAAACCACAGGAUCUGAGUCAAAAGCAAGGCAUGCGGGAUUGGAGAAUUAGCUCAUACCUUAGUACAUGUGAAGAUGCUGGAGAAUUAGAUGUUACUGAACUUGAAGGAUCAAGUGCAAUUGAUGAGGUUCCAUGUUUUACACAGGACGUUCCUUGUGGCCCUAUACGCCCUGAAAUUAGACCAGGAAAUCGAGAGUUAAACAGGAUACCUUCACCAAGGGAAAAUCUGAUGCCUGUCCAGAUACAGAAUGAUUCUGUUUUACGGGUUAGUUCACUUAACCAUCCAACAGACUUAUCACAAAUCAAUUUCAAAUCAACACCAACAUCAACCUCAGAGUCUUCUUGCACCACUGAGGGUGAAAAAGCAGAGGAGAUGCAGAAUAGAGAACCAAAAGAGACUAACCGGAUUAGUGAAGAGUUCCUCAAGAGAAAGCCCAGCAGACCUGUUCAGAGGAGUUCCAGACUGAGACACUCAUUGAUAUUCAGUUCAAAUUUAGAGUUGAAUACACAAGAAGAGAUGAAAGAUACAGCAGGAGAAAUAGAUGGGGAUGAAGCUUUAAAACUGUCAGCUCGUGUGUCACAUAUUUUGGAUAAGAGGAGGACUGGUUCUCCAUUUCAGCCUUUUCAGUGGAGCAAUUUUACUAAGUCAGCCACAUUUGAUAACUCUGCCACAGAGUCUGCAGAACCUGAGGAUGAACUAAGCAAAACAAGUGAAAAAUCUGAUUUGGAAAACCCCCAAAAUCUUCAAAAGAAACUAAUUGAGGGUGCUCAGGAAGAAAAAGACCUGCCUCAAACCACAGUCCCUGAAGGAAAUAGCAAAAGGAUGGAAUCGCCAUCUAAUGUUUUGCAAAAAUCAUCAUCUCUCAUAGAUAUGAAUGACCCGGACUGUAGACUGAGGUAUUUCAAAGAGUUGGCAGCCAAACGCAAACUUUCAGCAGCAAAGACUUCUCAAAACAAUCCAGUGAAAGCCACCCAAAAAUUUGCUCUACCAGAGAAACCUGCAAAUAAUGACACAGAUAAAAAAGCUGUUUUCAAAACUCCAGACACUUCACUUAAAUCAAAAACGACAGCUGUUGCAGCAGAAAUCAAAGAGACAUAUAAAGAUCCCAAAUGUGAAGAAUCAAGUAAAGACAUCCUUCAGAGAGCCACAGAUGCUGAAAAAAUUAGAUUUAAGAAAAAACUUGCAGAAGAGUCUGGUUCAACUUGCUCUGGUUCAAAACAAUUUUUCCAAGAAAUCAGAGAUUCAGCUCUAAUACCUGUUGAAGAGGCCAAAACAGUGUCUACAGUUAAAAAUCAGACCACAUCUCCUCAAAAUCAAGUCAGUUCUGUUGCAUUCAAUGCUCCCUUAAAACAUUCUGCCCCCACUCAGUAUCACAUUGAAAAAGAAACAAAACCAUAUCAUGGUGUUCUGGAAGAGAGUGGUCUGCCUGUAAAGUUACCACAGACAAAAUCAAUGUCACCAAUAAGCACCACUCCAAAUAAGGACUGUCUAUCUGCAAAUGAUUCCCAAACUCUUGCACAGAGCUCACUCUGCAUUUCUAGCACAUCCUCAAAUGAUGUGUCUUUGGAUUCUAGCUCAGCAUCAAACCUUGCAAUUGUAGAUAACAGCAUACUCUCAAAAUCUGACCACAGAGUUACAAGUCCUUUCCCAGCACUUUCUACAACUGAAGUUAGUUCUGCCCAAGACCUCGCUCCAACAACUGUAGGCUCCUCUCAAAGCCUAAAUGAUACUGAAAUAAAUAAAAACCCUUCUCAACAACAUAUUUCAAAGCAACCUCAGCUCGUAAUUAUAGAAGAUGAACCUUUCCAAAAACCUAUAUUAUUAAAAACUGGCUUCUCCCAACCCCCUCUUGCCCUAAAGCCUACUGCUUUGAGUGAAGGCUCAACUAAGCUCACAAUUUCUACAGAAAUUAAAACUUCUCAAAAUAUCCCCAUCACAACAAAAACAACUGACUCUGUACAGCAUCCAGCAUUAGAAAAGGGUGAAUUAUCACUAACCUCCACUACAAUUAAAACAUCUUCUCAACAGCCAGUGACAGAGGAGUACUCUUUUCAAUCUCCUGCUGAAACUGGGACGGACUCCACUGAGGCACAAAGUAAAACCACCAAACCAACCACUGCAAUAGUGACAGAUACCUCUGCUGUGAGAACCAGCAAUAAACCUUCUCAACAAUGCACUGGUUCUGACUCUGCUGUACUGAGGAAAAAUUCUUCUGAACAACCCACCUCAGCUGAGAUGGACUCUAUUGAGUCUUCCACUUCAGAAUGUCCCCCUACAACACACUGCAAAAGAAACCAGUCCACUGCAAAAGUCACAGAAUCUUCUAAAAACUCUUCUUUAACAGGCACAGAUUCCUCCCAGCAACCAACUUCAACAGAGGUAGAUUCUGCACAGCUGCCUAAUGUAGCAGAGGUAGACUCUCUACAACAGAUUCUGCAUGCUGCAACAGAAACAGACCAUUCCCAGCAGUAUACUGCACCAAUCACAGACUCGUCUGAGCUGCUCACUGCAGAGGUCACAAAGUCUUUCCAACAGCCUCCUCCAAAAGACGCACAUUCUUUUCAGGAGGCUGUUUCAAAAGAGGUAUACUCUUCCCAGAAGCCUGCUGGAACUGAAGUUGACAAUGCCCUAAAAUUAACACCAUACACAGUUUCUUCCCAGAGGCCCAGUGCAACACAGAAUGUCUCUUCAGUUAUGUCCGUUGCAACUGAGAUUGAAUCAUUCCAGCAGCCUGCUGCAAGAGAGACAGACUGCUUCCAGCAUCCCACUCCAACAGAGGCCCACUCUCCCCAGCAACCCUCUACGACGGAAACAGACACCUUUCAGAAACCCCCUGCAACAGUCUCAGAUUCUUGCCAGCAUCCCGCUCCACCAGGGACAAACACUUCUCAGCAACCUGCUCCAUCUGAGAGAGACUCUUCAGAGCAAGUGUCUGUAACUGCUGGUGUGGUGGAACAGACCACUCCAACAGUCACAGACACUUACCAGCAGACACCUAAGUUAGAGAAACACUCUUUCCAGAAGACACUUUCAAUAGAGACAGACAACUCCCAGCACCCCACUGCAAAACAGAUGCAGUCCACAAAGCAAAUCACUGUGCAAGACAGAGACUCUUCCCAUCCAGAUUACCCUAGUAGAAGGAGACACUUCCCAGCAGACCACUGCAACUCAAACAAAGUCUUUUCUACAGAUUGCUCUAAUAGAAGCAGACUCUUCUCAGCAAAUCAUGGCAAUGGAGACAGGCUCUUCCCAGCAGACCACUCUAAUAGACACAGACUCUCCUCAGCAGUUCACUGCAACGGAGACAGGUUUUCCCUGCAGACCACUCCAAUAGAAGCAGAUUCUUCCCAGCAGCCUGCUGCAACAGAAAUAGACUUCUCUGAAAUGUCCACUGCAAAAGAAACCGACUCUACCCAGCAGACCACUAUAAUAGAAGCAAACCCUUCCAACCAGACUACUGCAACAGAAAUAGACUCGUUAGAAAAGUCCACUGCAACAGAAACAGAUUCUUCCCAACAGACCAGUUUAACAGAUACAGACUCUAUCCAGCAGACUAUUCAAACAGAUACAGAUUCCUCCCAACAGUCCUCUCCAAUCGAUACAGACUCUUUCCAGCAGACCAUUCUAACGGAAGCAAACUCUUCCCUAAAGCCCACUGCAGCAGCCACAGACUUCUUCCAGCCGCCCGUAGAAGAAGGGGUUGACUUAACCAAGCAGAUCACUGUAACAGAACAAGUAUCUUCUCAAAAUAUUUCUAAAAUAGGAGAAGAUUUUUCCAAACAUCCUAUUGAAACAGAAAACGAAUCCCAUCGAAUCAUCACUGCAACAAUGUCUGACUUUGCAGAUGAAAAAAGAGACAUUAUUGUAUCUAAAGACUUGAGCGAAGUGUUACCCAUUUCACAUGUCAGUACUGAUCAGUUGACUGGUCUUGAUGCAGUGGAUGUGGGCUCAACCCAGCCUCAAGUUUUACCAGAGCCUUGCCUGUCCUCAAAUGUAAUGAACUCAAAUCAAGAUAGCACAGAAUUCCAAUCUAACAUAUCAUCAAAUUCUAUGGAAUCUAGCUGUCCAAUUGACCCAAAACCUGAGAAAACAGAUGAAUGCCGGAAGAAUGAAACCAUUACAAUGCAACCUCAGAAGAAUGACACCUCGGCUAUAGCUCCAGGGAAUGAGAUGCCUCACACAGACAUUUCUACAGUCAUAGACCCUAAUGAGGUUGAUGAAAUCAAACAAACAUCAUCAGAAAAAGAAAACUCUGUCUCUGUCUCUUCAGAAGUGUCAGAAAAGUCCAAUUUGACUGUAACCCAUAAUUCAGAAAAGCAGUCUACAGUGGCAGACAGUCCAAAAUUGAUUUUAUCUGCCCAUCAGUCAUCUACAGCAAAUGUUAUCUCAUGCAGCAACCUUAGAGAUGACACUAAAGUUCUUUUAGAGCAAAUUUCAGCGAAGAACCAAAGCAGAUCAACCCAGUCCAAACAAACUCUCUCCUCACCCAAUGAAGCUAAAGAAGGUGAGGUUAAAUCUGCAUAUAAACCACUCUCAAAAUAUUCGGGAAGGCCCUGGUCCGAAAAGGCUACAGCAGAAGAACGGGAGAUGUUGCUCCAAAAGAUGGAGAAAAUGCGGAAAGAGAGGAAGGUCUACAGCCGUUUUGAGGCCUCAUGAAAAAAAAACUUUUUGGAAAAGUGACUCCAGGAGUAGACAGUAAGAGGGAAACA